AUGUCACAAGGAAAUAAAGAGGUAAAUCCUCAAUUCCAGAAUCAAGAACAGGAAUCAGAAAAUGAACAAAAGCGUUCAAGUGCAGAUUCUCCGGAAUUUAAACCUUCUUCACCGCUUUUGACGGAUUCUACUUCAUUGAAUCAAGUUGAAAGUAAUUCAUCCUUACCGAAUCCUGAGGGGACUUCAUCAGCGUCCUUACCUUCUGAUUUUCUCACAUCAGUUGUUCCACUUCCACAACCGCCUGAAAAUCCAGCAAACACCGUUCCUCCGAAAACAUUAUGGAUGGGUGAUUUAGAGCCUUGGUGGGAUGAGGGGUUUAUCAAGAAUGUUUGGGCUAAGCUAGGCAAGCAUGUUGAGGUCAAAGUAAUUAAACCCAAACAUAAUUUGUUGAUGCAUCAGCUGGCUAAAACCAAUGGCCAAGGGACUGUUAAUCACUCUGGAUAUUGUUUCAUCGAAUUUGAUUCUCCUGCAUUGGCAACAGAAGCUCUCUCUCUAAACGGCACGAUUAUUCCAGAUACAAAUAAUAAAAGUUUUAGGUUGAAUUGGGCACCUGCGGCAACCCUUGAUUCCCAAAUUGCCUUGACACCUGAAUACUCAUUGUUUGUAGGUGAUCUAUCUGCCAAUACUACAGAGGCACAUUUGUUGGCAUUGUUUCAAUCCCAUUUUAACUCAGUCAAAACAGUGAGAGUUAUGACUGAUCCGUCUUCCGGUCUCUCUAGAUGCUUUGGUUUUGUCAGGUUUAGCAAUGAAGAUGAAAGACAAAGGGCAUUAGUUGAAAUGAAUGGUAAAUGGCUAGGCGGUAGGCAAAUCCGUGUCGCUUUAGCUUCUCCUAAGCAUCAAAAUAAUCAAUCAGGAAUGAGAAAUUUCAGGCAGCAACAGCAACAGGAACAACAGAACCACCAACAGCUACAACAGGGAUAUUCCCCAAGUGUUAGUCCACAAUUUAUAAGGGGUAAUCUAAGUGUACCUCCGAACAAUGAUUUCAAUGAUCCCACAAAUACGACUGUUUUCGUUGGUGGCUUAGCCAAUGGAUUGAAUGAAGAUACAUUAUUAGCGUUGUUUGAACCUUUUGGUUCUAUUGUUAAUAUCAAAGUUCCACCAGGAAAGGGAUGUGGGUUUGUUAAGUUCUCCAAAAGAGGCGACGCUGAACAUGCGAUUGAAAGUAUGCAAGGUUUUGUAAUUGGUGGUUCUCGUGUCAGACUAAGUUGGGGAAGACCAAGCAAUAAAAACAUGAGAAGAAUGUCUCAGUUAACAUUACAGCAACAACCAAUUCAUCAGAUGUAUAUGCCUAACAUGGUUGAUAUGAGUAACAUGAACAACCCUAAUAUAAGGUAUGGCAAUUUAACUGGAAUACCUGCACAAGAUAUGGGAUUUCCUAAUAUUGCUCCUCCUCCUUUGCACCCACAUUCCCAUCAUCAUGGUCAUCCACAUGUGCCACAGCCAAUUCCAAUGCCAUCACAUCAUGGGGGUGAAUUGGCUGAUUCUAAAGAUGGAAAUUUGAGCAAUCAGAUUCCAAAUAUGACAAUGUUUAGUCCAUUGCCUUCGUCUACCUCUCAAGGCCAGCCAAUGAUACCUGCUCCAAUGUAUGAACUGUCACCACAUGGUAAUAUGGGAGCAAUGUUUCCAGGCGAUCAAGUACCCCAAUCAAUGGGCGAAUCAGCAAUGCCUCAUGGAAUGGCUGGUAUGCCAACAAAUAUGCCACCACCUUUUAUCUACGAUCCCUAUCUGGGAGGUAUGGUACCACAAAAUUCUGAAACUCAAUAUCAUCAUCAGCCGCCACCACCACCUCCAGCAUCUAUUACAGGAGGUCACACAACUGGCCAGUACAUGUAUGUUCCACAGCAAGUUAUCAUGCCCAAUCACGAGAAAGUAGAAAUUGUUGACGAGAGGAACAGGGAAGAUUCCAAUACAAACGGAAGUACAGGUGGUGACUGA